AUGGCAGAAGCACACGCCGCGGUCGCAUUUUCUUUUACCGUCAGCUCGGAAGGAGUUUCCGUGGACAUCAACCGACAGGCUUUCCGAGAAUUGGAACUAUCCGGAACACGUGCGUUAAAGAAACGCAUAGCCCGAUUCAAGAAUUCAGUGUGCAAUCAAGUCUAUCCGUUUCACCCGUCCAGUUGGUUUUUCGUUGCUUUCGGCGUGUUCGCUGCAACCUAUUUGGGAUUGGACUACAAGAAAUCUCCAAUCCCCUAUAUUGAAGAGGCUUUGAAAAGCUACCUUGGAUGGACUGUCCACUAUCAUGUGCCAGCCUGCAUACUAUUCUCCUUGAUGCUCUGGUUUGGCGGGUCGCUAUUGAAUCAACUAAUUUUGCGUCUACUACUUAGCUACACCGGUUGGAUGUAUCUGCCUCGAGGCAAGAAAAGUUUAAAGAUAGCCAUCUGGUGGACUUUGUUAUCCGUGAAACACUUAUACUCCUCGAAAGAAUACGCGAAUCUCGUGCACGAGGCCCAGUUGUUCCGCAACGGUCUCGGACCGAAACUGCAGAUUUUUCUUUGGCUGAAAACAUGGAUAACAAGUAACUAUGUUACCGAUUGGUGGGAGGAGUAUGUGUAUCUGGCCGGUCGUGACCCCAUCAUGUCCAAUAGCAACUUUUACGGCCUAGAAUGGCAUCGAACACGUGACAUCAAACCAACACAAUCUGCCCGUGCCGCCCUGAUGACUUAUCUGUUGUUGCAAGUGCGAAGACGUGUAGUACGUGAAGAGCUCUCACAGGAGGCUUCUCAACAUCGCCGAUUCAAGUUGAUUCAUAUUGUGUGUCAGUUUGACCAUAUAGUUCACUCGGUAGCGGCUGAACCCUAUCCGGGAGAAGAAAAUUUGGCCGCAUUGACAGCGGGACCGAGGGAUUUGUGGGCUGUGGCCCGAUCAACUCACUUUACCACAGGCACAAAUCGUGUCUCGUUGGAUACAAUCGAAAAGGCCGCAUUCUUUGUCGCGCUGGAUGAUGAAGCGAAUUUCCCGGACCCGGAUAGUCCAGAUUAUUUGUCUUAUUUGGGCAAAACGUGUCUCACGGGCAAUUGUCACAAUCGGUGGUUUGACAAGUCGUUCUGUAUGAUCGUUCUCCCGAAUGCCAAGUGCGGAUUUAAUGCAGAACAUUCCUGGGCCGAUGCUCCGAUCAUAUCUCAUUUGCUGGAGAUGGCCUCAGUAGACGAAUGCCAAUGCAUCGAUAAUCAAACUCCGGGAAUGCAUUACACUAGAGACGGGAAAUGUGACGGCCAAGCGGAACUGAAAGUAAUACCUCGUCGUCUGGUUUGGGAAUUUCAACCAUCGUGCAUAGAAAUGAUUGAAUCAUCGCUGGCUGUGGCUCGAAAUCUGGCCGAUGCAAUCGAUCUGGUUGUCACACAGUUCACCGACUACGGUCGAUGCUUCAUCAAACGAGCUGGCUACUCCCCCGAUGCCUACAUUCAAAUGACUUUACAAGUGGCCUAUUUCAUGGAUCAGAAUACCUUUGCCCUAGUCUACGAAUCCUGUAUGACUCGCCUAUUUCGUGAAGGUCGCACGGAAACUGUGCGUUCGUGUACAGCCGAAUCGACGGAAUUUGUACGCGCUUUGCUGGACGAAAAACGCACCGUAAGUGUCUCGUUUGAGACCGACAUACCGUUUACUAAUCAAUCCAAUCUUUCUCUCGGUCUUGCUUUGUUCCCUUUGUCACACGCACACACCCACGUGAUGGGUAAUCAGGUUGAGGAACGGGCAAGACUAUUUCGAAUUGCAACCGAUCGUCACCAGAAUCUGACUCGUGAUGCCAUCUCGGGUAAGGGUGUGGAUCGACAUCUGUUCGCACUGUACAUCGUGUCAAAAUUCUUCAGUAUGGAGAGUCCGUUCCUGAAACAGAUUCUGAGCGCACCAUGGCGUUUAUCCACCAGCCAGACUCCAACCAAUCAGACCUCAAAAAUGACACUUCCUCCUGAUCACCCGGACUCAAAUCGCGUCUACGGUGGUGGUUUUGGCCCAGUGGAUAAGGAAGGCUACGGAGUGUCCUACAUGUUUUCCAUGGAAAAUGCUCUAAUUAUUCACAUUUCAUCCAGGCACGACUGUUCAACAACGACUCGUGAGACAUAG